AUGAUUCAGCGCCAGGCUCAUCAGGUACCGCACGGCGACGCAUACUCGGUGGCAGACGGCGAUAAUCGAAACCGCGGAGCACAAGUCGGGAACGUAGCCGCACACGCAGCAGAACACAAGCAGGAGAAAGGCACCAAGGUCGACAAGGAAGAACUCGCGCGGAUAGUGGCGGAAGAGAACGAGAGCAAAGGAAAGCUGCCAAGAUACCCGGGACUGGAAAGAUGGCACCUUAUCGAGAAGAUGGGAGACGGCGCUUUCAGCAAUGUCUAUAGAGCACGAGAUCUGGACGGUACGGCUGGAGAAGUGGCUAUCAAAGUCGUGCGCAAGUUCGAGAUGAACUCUCAGCAGAGGGCGAAUAUCUUGAAGGAAGUUCAGAUUAUGCGUCAGCUCGAUCAUCCUAAUAUCGUCAAGCUGGUUGAUUUUUCCGAAUCGAGACAGUACUACUAUAUCAUACUAGAGUUGGCACCAGGAGGAGAAUUGUUCCAUCAAAUUGUUCGUCUCACAUACUUCAGCGAGGAUCUAUCGCGACACGUCAUUACACAGGUCGCAGAUGCAUUAGAGUAUUUGCAUGAGACGUGUGGAGUUGUCCACAGAGAUAUUAAGCUUGAAAACUUAUUAUUCUCACCAAUUCCUGUCAUACCAACAAAGCAUCCAAAGCCCAAGGCUCCCGAGGACGAAGACAAGGUCGAUGAGGGAGAGUUCAUCAAGGGUGUGGGGGCUGGUGGAAUUGGGAAGAUCAAGAUUGCUGACUUUGGUCUGAGUAAGGUUGUGUGGGACAACCAAACCAUGACGCCUUGUGGGACCGUUGGUUACACUGCACCGGAAAUCGUCAAGGAUGAGCGUUACUCGAAGAGCGUCGACAUGUGGGCAUUGGGAUGUGUGUUGUACACAUUGCUCUGCGGUUUCCCGCCAUUCUACGAUGAGAGUAUCCAGGUUCUUACCGAGAAGGUCGCCAGAGGUCAAUACACAUUCCUGUCACCGUGGUGGGAUGACAUUUCGAAGCCAGCUCAGGAUCUUGUCUCGCAUCUCCUUACCGUUGAUCCUGCCAAGCGAUAUACUAUCAAACAAUUCUUAGCUCAUCCGUGGAUCAAAGGUACCGAGGAACCAACAUACGCUGCUCUCGAUGCUCCACCACUCGCCACCCCAGCUGUUGAGAGACAAAAGCAACUUGGCGGCACCCUCAAGGUGUUCGACCCAACUCUUCUCGAAUCACCAGGUGCAGGUAAGCGCAUGGAUUUCAGAAGUCCAGGCGCAGUCAAUCUACGUGAAGUCUUCGACGUCGGCUACGCAGUCCACAGACAAGAAGAGGAAGCAAAGCGUCGCAAGAACUUCAAGCAAGGUUUCCGAGGCGCCGCAGCAGCCAACGGUCUCAACCCAAUCGAUGACGACGAUUUCCUCGAAGAAGACGAAGAUGAAGAAGAUUCUGCCAUUCCGUCCAAGGUCCCUAAGGCUAGAGAUGCGGAUGUGCAUCAGGUUGAGCAAAGCUUACGGAACACAAAUCUGAAUGCUGCAGCAGCUGCGAGAGUACCGCAGCAGAAGGGCUACGGUCAACAUAGUCCGGCAGUCACGGCGGCGGCGAAGCAACAGGUUAGGAAUCGCAAGGGGGCUUUUGAACUCAACCUCGAAGGCGCGACAUUGUUGGGCAGAAGACACUAG